CCAGUUCUUAACAACACAGUAAAAGGCACAAAGAUGUAAUCCAUAACAUUAAGCUAGAUGUAAGUCUUCAACCCUCAUCACCAACCAAUAAAAAGAUUUAUAUAUGCAAGAAGAUGCCAACAGUAAUCCUCCUAGAUGUGUCUCUUUCUAUGAGCCGGAGUGUAGAUGUAUCAACUCCCAGCCAAAGUGAAGAAGUAGAAAAAUUAGAACUGAGGAAGGACCUUGCUGCCCAUGGAUGUCACAGUCUUCUCGAUCACUUUGCCCAACACUGUAAAUUAGAAUUUGCUUGCUUGAUAUCCUUUUCAUCUGUAUACAAAAUCCUUAUGCCCUUUACAAGGGAUUUUGAAUCCAUAAAAAAUGCCCUGAAUCUAGUAGAAGAAGGAGAUAAAACGAGCAUUGAUGUUGGGUUGGUUGGUGCGGCUCAGCAUAUCCUGGAGGAGUGGGGGAAUGGAACUCCUUGCCAGAUUGUAUUGGUGACUGAUGGUAAUGCAGGGAUAGGACAGCAUGCCAUGCAGAAGUGUCUGAUGUCUCCUCAUUCCCGAGGAGCAGCUCAGUUCCCUUUGCCCUUCCCAUUUCCUGCAAAACUCAGCAUUGUUUGUAUUGCCAACCCAAGUGAACCAGGCUUCCAGACUUCAAAACCUUUAUAUCAACGUCUGGUUGAACUGAAUGGCGAGGGUGAUAUUCUUGUUCCAGAAGGUGGAUUAAGCAAAAAGUCAGUAUCAGAAUUAUUUGACCAGCUUAUUAAGAACAACUUCUCCUCGUAUUCUGGAAGUCUUCACUGUGGGAACUUGUCUGCUCCCAUUACCCUGUCACCUCCACCUCAGCCCUACUGCCGUCACCAUGAUUUUGAAGUGAUACGUGUGAGCGUAGAUUCUGCCAUCCAGGUGCUGGGAUUUCUAAACAUGGGAGACGUUUCUUCACCUCCUGCCUUCUCCAGACAUCUUGUGCUUCCUCUUUCCACUAAAGGUGACAUGGUGAUGCUACCCAAGACUGACGGUGGGAGUGAUGAUGAAAGUGGGAACGACGAGGGGAAAUUACCCUCUUUCUGCGUCUUGCUCCAUGGUGGGCUAAAGAGAGAAAACACAGUGGCUUUGUGUCAGGUUGGCGACAACUGGUAUGGCAUUCUCUAUUCCUGGGCGGACAACAAAAAGAAGUCAAACUUAAUGCUGUCAAUUUUUGUCCCAGGCAAUGAUGUUAUUCCAUGGAUGGGGAAAUUAUCUAAUCUUGGACCUGCUUCACUCUUGCCUACAAAUCCAUAUGGACAAAAUGAAUCUUCUACACCAUUUCCAUUGAAGAUUCAAGAAGAGAAAAGCUACGCACUUAAUUGUGUGGUAUGGGUGCGACAAGGUGGCUUACAAUCAGAUAUACAGAAAAUCCUUCGUCAUGCUCGAAAACUCCCAGAUAAGACACAGAGUUUUUACAAGGAAUUAAACCGUGUACGUAGAGCUGCCCUGUCCUAUGGAUUUGGCGAGCUCCUAGAAGGACUGGCAAGUGUCUUGGAGCGAGAGUGUACUCUCCUGCCUUCUUCUUCCCAUCCUGUGGCGGCAAUUCAGCUUCAACAUGCAUACGAGGCGCUAAGAAACCACGACAAGAGUGAUUUCAGGCAGAAUAUUACUCCUUUGAAAACCACUUUUACAGGCAAUGACUAAUCAGAAAUGUGGCUUAUCAUUAAACUCAUUGUAUAAGGAAAAUUCUAGGGGAUAGGUGUGGAUUUGUUUAGCCUCCUAGUUUACAUCACCAGAUAAAUGAAGCACCAUUGAUUCCAGUAAGCAUCUUCAUUAUCAAGAAACUCAUUAUUACUGACAAUUCACCUCAUUUCAUGUGAUAGGCAUGUAUUUUUUAAAUAAGGAAGUCUUUCUCAUAGUAAAUUAAACAUUCCAUAAUUUAUGCAGGGAAUUCUACUGAACAUUCCUUUAGAAAAGGGUUUUAGAAUGCCUCCCCCCUUCCAGGAAAAAAAAAUAUAUAUACAGUGUGCACACACAAAUACACACAGGUGCACACACAGACACAUCCAGACAUGCAUACAGAUGCCCACCCCCACCUCCUCCCU